UGAGAUGGCGAAUAUGAUGAAUUUGUGAAAAUAUAUUCCGUUAUUACAAAAUAUAUGUAAUUUUACUGAUCGUUGCUGAUAUAGAGGAAUCGCAGUCGCACAUAAAAUGAUUAAUCAGUAGACAGCUGUAGAAGAGACAAGUUGUAAGAGGCAAGACUAUUAUAUAAAAUUUAUGCUUUCUGAUAAACAAAUUUCAUUUUUCCAACGAUGUUUCCAAAUAUUUCGUGAGUGUAUAAAGUGUGGAUGCCAAUUCAAACAGUGCCUGUGAAUUAUAAUCGGUCGGGUAAUCAUCAGGCAGGUGCCAAGCUAUAAUCAAAUGUAAUAAUUUGUUAGUACAAGAAUUACUAUAGUAGAAGUGUGUGAAAAAGUAUAAUUACGAAAAAAUUAAACCAUAAGCCAAUUGCAAUAACAACACAUUAAAAUGAAGAGAAAUUUGAUAAUUAUUUUGAUGGUGAUCUUUGCUGUGAAUGCAAUGCCACAACAAGACCUAUCAUCGGAUGAUUACGUUGAAGCGCUUGAGUUCGUAUUUGGUUCAUCAACAACUACAACAACCACACCCAAGUCUUGGAUCGUUACACCAGAACCAAUUGACAACGUAGAUUCAACAUUUCCAACUCCACUCAUCGACAAUCAACCAAAGUGUACAUGUGUAUCAUAUGAAAUGUGCAAUGCCACUUCUACCGAUAUGAAUCAAGUUUGUGAAAAUCCAUUAGAUGUUUGCUGCAUUGGUGUGGCUCCAACUCCUGCACCAACGACUCAGCCGAAAUGCGAAUGUGUGCCAUUUCAUCAAUGUGUGAAUAACAAAAAUAUAAUUAAAAUUCGUGUGGAUGUCGGUGAGCAAGAAUGUGCUAGUUAUCUUCAAAUUUGUUGUGCACCGUCCAAGAUCAGGCGUCCAAGUCAAAACGUUACAAUUACUCCAAAGAUUGAUGUCGACUGUGGUAAACGUAAUGAAAAUGGUGUAGGAUUUAAAACAACCGAUGACACUGACAACGAAUCGAAAUUUGGCGAAUUUCCUUGGGCCGUUGCAAUCUUGGAAGCACAAACAACCGAAGAAUACCUAUGCGGUGGUUCAUUAAUUCAUCAACAAGUGGUUUUAACUGCAGCUCAUUGCAUCGCAAAAAAAGGUUCACAAAUGCUCAAAGUGCGCGCCGGCGAGUGGGAUACGAGGACAACAUACGAACUAUAUCCGCACCAAGACAGAACUGUAAGCAAUAUUGUAAUUAAUCCGGGUUUUUAUCAUGAGGAUGAUAUAUAUAAUGAUGUUGCUCUGCUAUUCCUAACGCAACCAUUUGAAAUUACUGAAAAUGUAAACACUGUGUGUUUGCCAAAUCCGGGUGAUGUUUUUGAUAACGCAUUGUGUUUCGCCACCGGUUGGGGAAAGGAUAAAUUCGAUGAUUUAAGCAAAUAUCAAGUGAUUUUGAAGAAAGUAGAACUUCCGAUUGUGCCCAGGCAAACAUGCGUUCAGAAAUUAAGAGAAUCACCUCUUGGCACCGAUUUUAGCUUACAUCCGAGUUUUAUCUGUGCGGGUGGUGUACCCGGUCGUGAUACAUGUACUGGUGAUGGUGGGGCUCCAUUGGUCUGCCCUGCCAAAAAUUCACAAGGUCGAUAUGUGCAAGCAGGUAUUGUGUCAUGGGGUGUUGGAUGUGGUGAAAAAACACCAGGGGCCUAUGCAAAUGUUGCAUUGUUUCGAAAUUGGGUCGACGAACAACUCAAUUUGAGAAAUUUGAGAUAGCAAACAUAUUCACACCAAUAGAGCAAAAAACAAGCAUUCUACGCUUAUUUCAACCGAUUAAGAAAAGCAUUCUAUGGUAUUCAAUGGGAAAAUUUCAUUCCGGAAUGUGAUGAUCAACUAUUUCUCUAUUUGAAUUUAAUUGUAUGCAAACAUACAGCUAAAAUAAUUUAUCACUGAAAAUUACUCAAUUGUUAAAUUUUCAUCAUUUAAUUAUAUUUGCAUGUAUUAUAUUCAAUUGAAAUUAUAGCUCUACGUAUAUAGAGUAUACUCAAAAUAACCAAAUAAAUUGAACGGUUUGAACUUUA